UUAAUUUUUGUUACAGCACUGUAAUACGAUACUCUGUCUUUGACUUAGUCAACCAAGGUAGAAGCCACGUGGCAGCAUUGACUUUCCCGCUUAAUGGUCGCCAAGUAAAAAGAGGAAACACAAACUGAGCAGCAACAAUUGUAAUAGUCAGAGAGGGGGGGGAGAAGGAAGGAAGGAAACUCUUAAACGAUGCCGUACUACACCAGGGACGACGAUGAAGUGGACGACUUCAACGAGUACGAUCCGACGCCGUAUAGCGGAGGCUACGACAUCACCGUGACGUACGGCCGCUCGAUCCCGCCGUCAGACGAGACUUGUUACCCUCUCUCCUCUCGCUCAGGUGACGCCUUCGAGUACCAGCGGCCCGUGUUUUCUUCCAGCCACGAGCCUUCUGCUUAUGGCAACCAGGCUCUCAAAACAGAGUAUAGUAGCUAUGCCCGACCCAAGACCCGACCCGGAGGUCACGGAGGCGCUCACGUUGAAGGGGAGUACGGUGGAUCUGGUUCUGACUAUGGCCGGAAACCUGGUUCUGGCUAUGGUGGGAGAACGGAGGUUGAGUAUGGCCACACAAAAUAUAGUGGGAAGGACUCUGGUGAUGAGAAGAAGAUGAAGAAGGAAAAGAAGAAGGAUAAGAAAAAGGAUGGUAAUGUCUCUGACGAUGAUGAGAAGAAGAAAAAGAAGAAGGAGAAGGACCAAUACAAGCACCACAACGACCAUCAUGAUGAUGAUGGUUAUGAUGAGGAAAAGAAGAAGAAGAAGGAGAAGGACCAUCAUGGUGAUGAUGAAAAGAAGAAGAAAAAGGACUAUCAUGAUGAUGGUUAUGACGAGAAAAGGAAGAAGGACAAGGAUCAUCAUGAUGAUGAUGAUGAGAAGAAAAAGAAGAAGGAGGAGAAGGAGAAGGACCAUCAUGAUGAUGAUGAAAAGAAGAAGAAGAAGAAGGACCAUCAUGAUCAUUAUGAUGAGAAGAAGAAGAAGAAAGACGAUCAUGAUGAGAAAAAGAAGAAGAAGGAUAAGGACCAUCAUGAUAGUGAUGAUGAGAAGAAGAACAAGAAGAAGGAUAAGCACCACAAGGGCCAUGACUAAAACCUCUUCUUUCUAAGGGAUUGCAUUUCUCAAGCUUCUAUCCACUAAUUAAUUAACUCUCACCCAUACUUUUCUCUAAGUUUAUGUCAGUGGUUGCUUUGUUUUGUUUUUGCUUCCCAUUUGUGCUAUCUUCUAGUAUAAGACUUCAACGAAUCAUGAAACUACGCAUUAUUAGUUUUCUAGUGAAGUGUUUUGGUUUGACCAA